AUGAUAGAAACACAACUUGCGCAAAUUGCUGCUGUUGUUCCAUUCUCAGAAAAGAUAAAUGCGGUGACCACGAGGGGUGGUAAGUCCACUCGUGAUCCACCGCAUCCUAACCAUGCAGAGAAAGUAGCAAGGCCACAUGUAGAGAAGGAAGAGUCUACAAAGCAUGAUGACUCUAAAGAACCCGAGGAAGAAAAUCCACAAAAAACUUUCGAUACAAACUUCCUCCCGUUUGCCUCCCAGAAACAAAAGAUCACUGUGGAUGAGCAGUUCGCUAGUUUUUUUGAAAUGAUCCAGAAGAUACAUGUCAACGUCCCAUUACUAGACGUAAUGUAUGUACCAACUUAUGCCCGCUACAUCAAGGACAUCAUGAACAACAAGCGAACGCUGCCCACAAUGGAGGUUGUCAAGCUUAUAGAAGAACGUAGCGCUGCUAUACUCAACCAACCUCCAAAGAAGAAAGAAAACCCGGGAUGCCCAAUGAUCAAUUGUUUGAUUGGCACUCAACACUUCGGCAAUGCCUUGUGUGACCUUGGGGCUAGCGUCAGCGUAAUGCCCAAGGUAGUCUUCGACAAACUCAACUUCACGCAUCUGACGCUGACACCAAUGCACCUCCAGCUAGCAGACUCUUCAGUCCGCUAUCCAGAGGGAAUCGCUGAAGACGUUCCAGUCAGAGUUCGAGACUACUUCAUCCCAGUUGGCUUCGUAGUGCUCGACAUGGAAAUUUCAAAAGAAACUCCGCUCAUCCUUGGACGGCCAUUUCUGAGCACUGCUGGAGCACACAUCGAUGUAGGGGUUGGAGAAAUCCGCUUCAACAUCAAUGGGAAAGAAGAAAAGUUCCCAUUCCAGCCCAAGAAGGAACAAUGCUCAAUGAUCAACAUCAAAUCUGGGCCAAGCACACAAGAAAGAGACAAAAGUGACAUCCCCCAAUCAAGAUCCUAUGACCACAUGAUCCACAAAGACAACCAAGAAGGUGUGGCAUAA